AUAGCAUCAACAUAGAAGUUAUUUUGUGGGCUCCAGGAUGCAGCGAUGGGCUGCACUGCCAGCAUUGUUCUGCUUCAGGCUUUUCGUUCUGUGGUCCAGAGGAGCUGUCCACACAUCUGUAGACGACGCCAGGAGGAACCAUCCCAUGAAAUUUUGCCUCUGGAAAGUGACGAUGAAAUGAGUAGACCCAGAACCCUCAUCAUAAUGCAAGAAAAGCCCAGGCUUCUCCAGCCUUUGGAUUAUGAAACUGUCAUUGAAGAACUUGAAAAGACCUAUCAGAAUGAUCCCCUUCGAGAUCUCCUGUUCUUCCCCAGUGAUGACUUUUCAACUGCCACAGUUCCUUGGGACAUACGAACAUUGUACUCAACAGUACCCGAAGAUGCAGAGCACAAAGCAGAAAAUUUACUGGUGAGAGAGGCUUGUAAAUUUUACAGUUCCCAGUGGUAUGUGGUAAACUACAAAUAUGAACAGUAUUCUGGAGACAUUCGACAGUUACCUCGAGCAGAAUACAAACCAGAGAAACUUCCUUCACAUUCCUUUGAGGUUGACCAUGAAGAUGCUGAUAAGGAUGAAGAUACCACUUCUCACUCAUCCUCCAAGGGCGGAGGGGGAAUGGGAGGAACCGGAGUUUUCAAGUCUGGCUGGCUCUACAAGGGGAAUUUUAACAGCACCGUGAAUAAUACCAUUACCGUUCGGUCAUUCAAAAAGCGCUUCUUCCAGCUGACUCAGUUGCCAGAUAAUUCCUACAUCAUGAAUUUUUACAAAGAUGAAAAAAUAUCCAAAGAACCCAAAGGUUGCAUCUUUUUGGAUUCCUGUACAGGUGUGGUACAGAAUAACAGACUAAGAAAAUAUGCCUUUGAACUGAAAAUGAAUGACCUGACCUAUUUUGUGCUGGCGGCUGAAACGGAGUCAGAUAUGGAUGAAUGGAUCCACACCCUCAGCCGCAUCCUGCAGAUCAGUCCUGAGGGGCCCCCUCAGGGCAGAAGGAGCGCCGAGCUCACGGAGCUGGGGCUGGAUUCCCUGGAUAAUUCUAUAACAUGUGAAUGCACACCGGAGGAAACAGAUUCUUCAGAGAACAACCUACACCCAGACUUCACAAAAUACCUCACAGAAACUGAAGAGAUUGUCAAAGCAACUCGAAACACGGAGAGACUAAAUCUGUUCUUGCUGGAUCCAGAUAUAGAUAGCUUGAAACUUCAGAAGAAGGAUCUUUUAGAACCUGAGUUUGUGAUCAAACCAUUUGAAGAAAAAGCUGCCAAGAGAAUCAUGAUCAUUUGUAAAGCUCUCAACUUAAACCUUCAGGGAUGUGUUACAGAGAAUGAAAACGAUCCGGUAACAAAUAUUGAGCCUUUUUUUGUGAGUGUGGCACUUUAUGACCUCAGAAACAGCAGGAAGAUUUCUGCUGAUUUCCACGUGGAUCUAAACCACACUGCUGUCAGGCAGAUGCUCUCAGGGGCUUCCGUGGCUUUGGAAAAUGGAAACAUAGACACUGUCACUCCAAGACAAUCAGAAGAACCUCAUGUCAAGGGAUUUCCAGAGGAAUGGCUAAAAUUUCCAAAGCAGGCUAUAUUUUCUGUAAGCAAUCCACAUUCUGAAAUUGUUUUGGUGGCCAAAAUCGAAAAAGUACUGAUGGGAAACAUUGCAAGUGGUGCUGAACCUUAUAUUAAAAAUCCAGACUCCAACAAGUAUGCACAAAAGAUACUAAAAUCCAACAGGCAGUUCUGCAGCAAGUUGGGGAAAUACCGCAUGCCAUUUGCUUGGGCGGUGAGAUCAGUAUUUAAGGACAACCAGGGAAAUGUGGACAGAGACUCAAGAUUUUCACCAUUGUAUAGACAAGAAAGCAACAAGAUUUCAACUGAGGACCUACUUAAACUAGUGUCAGAUUAUAGAAGAGCUGACAGAAUAAGCAAAACGCAGACCAUUCCUGGAAGCCUGGAUAUCGCUGUUGACAACAUUCCUUUGGAGCAUCCAAACUGUGUAACAUCGUCCUUUAUCCCUGUCAAGCCUUUCAAUGUGACGGCUCAACCAGAACCCACAGUGGAAGUGGAAGAAUUUGUUUACGACUCAGCAAAGUAUUGCCGUCCUUACAGAGUAUACAAAAAUCAAAUUUACAUUUACCCCAAGCACCUCAAGUAUGAUAGCCAGAAAUGUUUCAACAAGGCACGAAAUAUAACCGUGUGCAUUGAAUUCAAAAAUUCCGAUGAAGAAGAUGCCAAGCCCGUGAAGUGUAUUUACGGAAAACCUGGAGGGCCCCUCUUCACCUCAGCCACCUACACUGCAGUUCUGCACCAUUCCCAGAGCCCAGAUUUCUCAGACGAGGUGAAAAUUGAGCUACCAACACAACUUCAUGAGAAACACCAUAUUUUUUUUUCUUUUUAUCAUGUCACUUGUGACAUAAAUGCAAAAGCUAACGCCAAAAAGAAGGAGGCUCUGGAAACACCAGUUGGAUAUGCUUGGCUUCCUCUCAUGAGAGAUGAUCAGAUAGCUUCUCAAGAGUACAAUAUCCCAGUAGCAACAAGCCUGCCUCCGAAUUAUUUAAGCUUUCAAGAUUCUGCAAGUGGAAAGCAUGGUGGGAGUGACAUUAAAUGGGUCGAUGGUGGCAAACCACUUUUCAAAGUAUCGACAUUUGUUGUAUCAACAGUGAAUACUCAGGAUCCACAUGUGAACGCAUUUUUCCGACAGUGCCAAAAAAGGGAGAAAGAUAUGUCUCAGUCACCUACCUCGAGUUUCGUCCGUUCUUGUAAGAAUUUAUUGAAUGUGGAAAAGAUUCAUGCAAUCAUGAGUUUUCUGCCGGUAAUCUUGAAUCAGCUCUUCAGAGUUCUGGUGCAGAAUGAAGAAGAUGAAAUAAGCACAACUGUGACCAGGGUUCUGACUGACAUCGUGACCAAGUGCCAUGAGGAGCAGCUGGACCACUGCGUCCAGUCCUAUAUUAAGUUUGUGUUCAAGACCACGGCAUGCAAGGAGAGAACUAUACAUGAGGAACUGGUUAAAAAUGUGACUGGUCUUUUGCAAUCAAAUGACUCCACAACAGUCAAGCAUGUCCUGAAGCAUUCCUGGUUCUUCUUUGCAAUUAUCCUAAAAUCCAUGGCACAGCACUUGAUUGACACAAAUAAAAUUCAGCUUUCUCGGCCUCAAAGAUUUCCUGAAUCUUACCAAAAUGAAUUGGACAAUCUUGUCAUGAGCCUAGCCGACCACAUGAUUUGGAAAAACAAAAAUGCACUUGAAGAAACAAGAAGGGCAAACCACAGCGUUGCCAGAUUUCUUAAGCGCUGCUUUACGUUUAUGGACCGGGGUUUUGUGUUUAAGACGGUUAACAGUUACGUCAGCAUGUUCUCCUCUGGUGAUCCCAAGACCUUAUGCCAGUAUAAAUUUGAUUUCCUCCAAGAAGUAUGUCAGCAUGAACACUUUAUUCCUUUGUGUCUCCCCAUAAGAUCAGCAAACAUUCCAGAUCCUUUGACACCUUCAGAAUCAAUACAAGAGUUACAUGCAUCAGAUAUGCCUGAAUAUUCAGUCACAAAUGAGUUUUGCCGCAAACACUUCUUAAUCGGAAUUCUGCUCCGAGAAGUUGGCUUUGCUCUGCAAGAAGACCAAGAUAUCAGGCACUUGGCUUUAGCUGUCCUAAAAAAUCUAAUGGCUAAGCAUUCAUUUGAUGAUCGAUACAGAGAACCAGAGAAGCAGGCCCAGAUAGCAAGUUUAUACAUGCCCCUCUAUGGCAUGCUUCUGGACAAUAUGCCAAGGAUUUACCUGAAGGACCUGUACCCUUUUACCAUCAAUACAUCGAAUCAGGGGUCUAGAGAUGACCUCAGCACCAAUGGAGGAUUCCACACCCAGUCAGCUAUGAAAUAUGCAAACUCUGUGGACACAUCAUUUUCUAAAGAUGUUUUAAAUUCCAUAGCAGCAUUUUCAUCAAUAGCUAUUUCUACAGUAAACCAUGCUGAUUCCAGAGCUUCGUUAGCAAGUCUUGACUCCAACCCAAGUACCAAUGAGAAGAGCAGUGAGAAGACUGACAACUGUGAAAAGAUCCCAAGACCCUUGUCUUUGAUAGGCUCAACUCUUCGGUUUGACAAGUUAGAUCAAGCAGAAACCAGGAGUCUUCUUAUGUGCUUUCUUCACAUUAUGAAAACAAUUUCAGAGGAGACUCUGAUUGCCUACUGGCAAAGAGCGCCCAGUCCAGAGGUGUCCGACUUCUUCAGCAUCUUGGAUGUUUGUCUUCAAAAUUUCAGAUACCUAGGAAAACGUAACAUAAUAAGUUUUCCUUGCAGAAAAAUUGCUGCUGCGUUUAAAUUCGUGCAGUCCACCCAAAACAAUGGAACUCUCAAAGGAUCUAAUCCAUCCUGCCAGACUUCCGGCCUCUUGCCGCAAUGGAUGCACACCACUUCCAGUCAUGAAGGACAGAAACAGCACAGAUCACAAACUUUACCGAUAAUUCGAGGCAAAAAUGCACUUUCUAACCCUAAACUCCUACAGAUGUUAGACAAUACCAUGACCAGCAACUCCAAUGAAAUAGACAUCGUGCACCACGUGGACACAGAGGCCAAUAUUGCUACAGAGGUUUGCCUGACUAUUCUAGACCUGCUAGCCCUCUUCACUCAGGUCCACCAGAGACAACUCCAACAAUCUGAAUGUCAAAAUUCAAUGAUGAAAAGGGUCUUUGAUACCUACAUGCUCUUUUUUCAAGUCAACCAAUCAGCCACAGCACUGAAGCACGUAUUUGCCUCUUUGAGGCUAUUUGUAUGCAAGUUUCCUUCAGCGUUCUUCCAAGGGCCUGCCGACCUGUGUGGAUCAUUCUGCUAUGAAGUCCUAAAAUGCUGCAACCACAGGUCACGGUCAACUCAGACGGAAGCGUCAGCACUUCUAUACUUUUUUAUGAGGAAGAAUUUUGAAUUUAACAAGCAAAAGUCAAUUGUCCGGUCCCACUUACAACUUAUCAAAGCCGUAAGCCAGUUAAUAGCUGAUGCUGGGAUUGGAGGCUCUCGGUUUCAACAUUCCCUUGCAAUUACCAAUAAUUUUGCUAAUGGAGACAAGCAAAUGAAAAACAGCAAUUUCCCAGCAGAGGUGAAAGAUCUGACUAAACGUAUAAGGACUGUUUUAAUGGCCACGGCUCAGAUGAAGGAGCAUGAGAAGGAUCCCGAGAUGCUGGUGGAUCUCCAGUACAGCCUGGCAAACUCCUACGCAAGUACCCCCGAGCUACGGAGGACCUGGCUGGAAAGCAUGGCCAAAAUUCAUGCGAGAAACGGAGACUUAUCCGAGGCUGCUAUGUGUUACAUUCAUAUAGCUGCCCUCAUCGCGGAAUACCUAAAAAGAAGGGGUUACUGGAAAAUGGAAAAGAUUUGCACACCAUCCUUGCUCCCGGAGGAUAUCCACCCCCGUGAUAGCAACCUAUUACUAACAACUCCCAGUGGAGGAAGCAUGUUCUCUAUGGGCUGGCCAGCUUUUCUGAGCAUUACACCAAAUAUUAAAGAAGAAGGGGCAAUGAAAGAAGAUUCAGGAAUGCAAGACACACCAUACAAUGAGAAUAUCCUGGUGGAGCAGCUGUACCUGUGUGUGGAGUUCCUGUGGAAGUCUGAGAGAUACGAGCUCAUCGCUGAUGUCAACAAACCCAUCAUUGCGGUUUUUGAGAAGCAGAGAGACUUCAAAAAAUUAUCAGAUCUCUACUAUGACAUUCAUCGGUCGUAUCUGAAAGUUGCAGAGGUGGUGAAUUCAGAGAAGCGGCUCUUCGGUCGCUACUAUCGUGUGGCAUUUUAUGGGCAGGCUGUGGUAAGUUCUCUCUCUCUCCACUUGCAUGCUCUAAUAAGCCUCACACUUCCCUCCCUAUGGUUUUACUGAACCUUAACUUUUUUGUGCAAAUGAACGUUUGAGAUAGGUGAGAUAAUCCUGUUUCCAUUCAUUUUGGAGUCAUCCUGCAUUUCUGGGACUAAAUUGUGUUUAUUCCAUUUAUCUGAAUUACAAAAAUGUAUCCUUUAUUUUUCAUAUAUAAUAUCUUUCUGCACAAAGGUCGGUGUAGUCUGAAAACCUACACACACACACACACACACAGAUAAAUAUGGGCACCACAUAUUUGAAAUAUAUGGAUAGCAGGCUCAGUAUUGGAAUUUGCCUGCUCAGUUCAGGCCACCAGAGUUGCAGUUGAUUAAGAAGAGCAUGGUGGGCAAAAUCUCAAAAGUCAUAAUGGUGGCCAUGGGUGGGCACCUUCCCAGGGUCCUGAAAGGACCCUGCCCUUUUCCAAAUGAGUAUCGUGGAGAAACAGGGCUCUCUCUGUUUGGUGGUGAGCUCUGAGCAUUCUCGAAAAUGAUGGUAUUAAUUCCCAACAUAAAUGAUGAACAGUGAAUUAAACCUUUACCCUGUGAAUCAGGUUAAGUCUCCUGAGAUGCAAAAAGAAGCCGUGUAAGAAUUUUAGAGGAUGAGCUGAGGGGCAAUAACAUGCCAAGACCUAGAGCUCUGUGACACAGAAUUUUCUCUGUGUUAUUUUGAACCAUAUGAAAUUGCCCAUAAUCAACCUUUUUUGUUACUUACAAAGAUGGCAACUUCAUGUGGUUCAAUGUAAUUAUUGCUGAGUAAGCUGGAAAAGCAAAUUCCUUCAAUAUCCACACAUUGUCCACAGUCAGCUCUGCUUCUCUGACCAAUACAUACUUUUUUGUAAUUCUUUAAAAUCCCUUUCCCCCAUCCAUACUAUAUCAGUAUUUUCUACCUUCAUUUGUAAAUUUGGGGUCACGUGUCCUUAACUCACCUACUAAAAGAAUACUUGGAAACCCCUCUAUUAAAUAGAAUGGGGGAGGUGGUGGGCAAUGGGGAAGGAUGGGGGAGAGCUACUUUCAAAUGUCCUAACUUUGUUCUUUUUGCAGAUUCCUCAAUAAAGUGUGCUGACUGUGCACCUGACUUUUUGUUUUUAAUGCUGCCAGUAUUCUCAAUUGUCUUUUAUUUAAAAGUCCAACCUGACCUUAAAAGGCAAAGUGCCUUGUUAAAUCUGCAGACCUGAGGACCUGCCUAAGCAUGGUACUCUGUAAACUCAAACCCCAGCUGCCUUUGAACAAGGAGAACUAAUGGAGGUCAUUCUGAUAAACAGUCAUUUAGAGCCUGUCAUCAUUGUUCAAAUGAUAUUCAACUACCUGUCCCAAGACACCAAACGGAGAGGGUGAACUGCUGUAUUCAAUGGGAGCAGACGGCGCACAUCACUUUAUAUUUGAUGAUAAAGAAAUAGCAGAUAGAUUUGCACAUCCCCCCAAAUGUGUGCAGAAUGAAGGUUUCUGAGAAAAUCUUGACUAUUUCAUUAGCAUAAUCUCCAUGGUCAGAAAUGAUUUUUUUAUGAUGGUACCUUAUGUCCUUGUAAAAUUCACCUAUUAAUCCAAAUUGAUGUCUCACCAUCAUAUUCCGAAGAUUGUGGGAAUAUAACAUGCAGUCGGCUCUUUGCCUCCACAAAGGCCUUUGUGUAAAUAUUUUAGCGUCCCCCGUGGGCUAGUACUUUCACUUUAUAGUACUGGCUAGAGUAGUUAAUAUUAUGUCUGCAAUGAGCCAGACCCUGGAAAACAAGUUGAAAACUGUUCUUUUGUGGCGAGAACUUUAAUAAAAACGCAAGUCUUGCAUAGCAUGGAUUUUCUAAUGCAACACCUGGCAUCAUUGACUAUGGAAAUUUUACACAGAGCAGCCUAUAUAAAACACCCCUUCAAGUGUCCCUGAAGUAUUCAUUUCCAGAGUAAUGAACCGCCAGUAGUGAUCAAACAUCAACUGUAAUCAAUGAAAUCCUUAGGCUCUGGUAUUUAGCAUGAAAGCAAGCAAGUGAAUGCUCAAUGAGUAACUUAAAACAUCAGAUGGCCCUGGAAUGAAUUGAGUGAAAAGCCUGGGGGAAUUUUAUUCUGUUCAUCAAAGGAUGUAAAUUCCAUGAUUCUCAAUCAUGCUUACAUGGGUAUAGAUGCACCUCAGACUCUUGAUAGAAAAGGGAUUGGGGGUAGGAGGAAAGGUGCCUGUGUAUUGUGUACAGCCAUCAUCUCCAUGUUGGGGUGUGAUACACCCUCCUGGCUCCCCUCCUAUAUGAA